AUGGCUUGUUGUACGUUGCUGUGCUCAACCAGUGAAAUUAGCCGGUAUCCUUGCCCCGGUUCGACUUUGUUAUCAAUCUUCUUAGCCGACACCCAUGGCCGACAGGCCAUUGUUUUACCUCUUCCGAAAGUCAAUUUUGCUACGUCUAUAUUACUUAAAACCAUUAGCCUGGGCAUUUUUAUUUUUUUCACCGUUGGUUUUCUUUUGGAUGUAGCGGAUGUUGUCACCGGCGGUGAUUUCCGCGAGUCACCAUACGGGAAAAUCAAUCCGGUGAUCAGUCUAAUUAGUUUUUGUGCCAGCCAGAUCGGUUUCUUUAUGGCAUGGUCAGCCGGUUUCUUCCUGGUCACCAAAGGUCGCGAAAUUAAGCAGUGCGCGGAAUCUCUGGAUCAGUUAGUACAACUAUUUGGUCUGGACAUUCCGCAUUCCAAGCGGAAAUCAAACUUUCGUAAUUUGAUUAGGAUCCGCAUAUAUUUCUGCUCCGUGGUCAUUCUGGCUAUGGUGCGCUUUUUCUUAGCCAUGCAGACACUUCCCGUGGCCACUUUCUGGACGGGCAGUUUAUUAUACGCCAAAAUCCCUCUGCCAUCGGGGAUACAGGUCACGUAUGCGCACGGGACCAUGUUGAUAUCAAUUUUAUUUUAUUAUCCCGUUAAUGUACUGUUCACCUAUUUGUCGUCGUUUCUGGUGGACUGUGCCGAAGCCUUCCAUGCAGAGAAUUGUGUGAUACUGCACACGUUAGCCCAUGGGGACAACGACAAUUCCGCUGCGUUUAAUUUUUUAACCCAACUAAGACGAAUACGAAGCCGACAGGAAAAAAUUUAUGCCGCGUUUGACCAAGUCCAGGAAACCUUCCGGUUGAAGUUGUUUCUGGAUAUAGCCGGAAAUCUAUCGGUCGUUCUAAGCGGCAUUGCAUGGUUUUCCAUUUGGGGCGCCGACAUGUCAGCUCAACCGCCGGUAUCCGUUGUUCGACACUUUUUGGCGGCGGGAAUCUAUUUACUGACAGUGUGGGUGGUCGGUGACCAACCGGUGCAGCUCUUUCGGCAGCAUGAAAGAGAUAUUGAACUUUUGGAGAAGAUUGUAUACAAGCGCCAAGUUACGAUUAGAACGAAGCCAUCACGAGAAGAGGUGGGACUGACCAUGGCUCUCCUGGAACGGUUCCCUUCAAAAUCACUGACAUUUUCCGCUGGCGGAGUAGUGGAUCUCAGUCCUUCGGCCAUUUCCACGCUGGUCGCCUGCAUCGUUUCCUUUACCUGCUUCGUUAUUGAUCGAGCAGAAAAUUAUCGCCAGAUCGUAACGGAAACCAAGUCAGCCGUCAACAGCUCCGCUUUACUGUGCGGUUCUUAGAAGCGAUGCAAAAUGAUGUUAAUGAGAUCUAACGAAGAGUGUAACUUCGAAAGACGUGUUAUUAUUAUUAUGUUUCUUCUUUCAUAAACGUACUGAAAAUGUAAGGAGAAAUUACUUAAUGUCAUGGUGUUAUCGAUAUCGAUAUAAAAAAUUGCUACUCAUGAAGAAAAUUGUUUUGUAUACUUUUACAGCACUUUUUGGUGUUUUACUCUACAGAGUACAGACUACAGUUAUUAGUAGCGAC